GACUUUUUCUCUCACAUUAACCGAACAGGCUAUUUGAAAAGAGUAAAUUAACCAAAUUAUUACCCAAUACUUGAAUGGUCAACAUGGGCCAAGCAUGCUUGCCAUCCCAUAAGGCCUUAAUUCGCAUUGUGACACAAGAGGAGAACCUGAAAUUGAAGAGACUAAAACUAGGACAAACAUUGUCUUGGAGCGAUUACUUAUCACUUCCUUUUAGACAAGCUGUAAGUUCAUCACUUCAAAUACAUACAAUACACUUUUAUCCGUGAACUACGUGCAUUAUUCUCGUACAAGAACGUGUUUACCAAGCGCCCGUAUCACACGAUAUUUUGAUAAUGACAGAGUGAAUGAAACUGUUUUGUAUGACAGGUGAUUACAGAAACUUUAGUGAUGGGAAAUGUUAUCACUGGGGUAAUGAGAAAAGCUACAAAAGAAGUAAAAAUAAAAGGGUAUUUCAUUACAAAUGGAUGGUGUGUUUUAACAUAUUUCAGAUCAGUGCAUUUGGAUGAUGAUCACUAUGAUUCCCCUUACCAGUUUAAUCCAUGGAGAUGGCAAGACAAGGAAAUGAUUAUUUGCAAUUUCACCCCAUUUGGAGGUGGACAAAUGCUGUACCCUGGACUUGACCUGGCCAGGCUGGAAACUUCCAUCUUUCUCCAUCAUUUUGUUACUCAAUUCAGAUGGGUGGCUGAGGAUGAUUCCGUCAACAAUUUCCCUACUGUACGAAUGAAGAGAAGAAUGCCGAUUUGGGUCAAAAGAAGAAGACGCCCUUAA